AUGCAAAACACGAACGGAGCGCUGAAUGUACUUCCUGUUGAGAUUCAUCUCAUCAUCAUCGAUUACCUGGGCUACACUGCUCGCAUCGCCCUGGCAUAUACCAACCACUACUUUAAUGAGAUUGUAGUCCGCCAACCGCCAGCAACCAGAGAAGGGAAACUGGAGUUUGUCUGUGACGCGGAGACGUGGCCAAUAUAUACAAAUAUCAACUAUCUUGCAUGCAAUCAAUGCCUAAAACUCCGCCCAAUUCACGCCUUUGCAGACAAACAACUCCGGGGUAAACGGUCGCGAGGCUACUCCGACAAUAAUCGUCGUUUCUGUAUUCGAUGCGGGAUUCAGAAGCAUAUCUACCUACCAGGGCACCUCAUACCCAUUGACAAACCAAACGCAGCAAAUACUCACGGCUUCGGGUUCUCCAUCUGCUGGUGCUGUAAGUUCCAUGGACGUGGCUCCUACUGUCUAGUGUUUGGCAGCUGUGAGGACUGCGAGCAGGUGCCUCCGACAUUACAUUAUAUCUGGAGCCCGACUCGUCAGCCAUGCAUGCAACAUUUCAACUGUCUUUGCUGUGGCCGGGAAGGGAGUCUUGAACAAGACGAACAGCCUUUGCGCGGUCAGAUUGAUGAUAUUAUUCGUCAAUACAGAGUUCGAGCAACAUAA